CGGCGGCCCUCUGACGUAACGGUCGGACACAAGCUGAGCUUCAGUGCAGCUCGUAAACUGUGCGUGUUUAAGCAUGUCCAAGAUCUUGGCACAACAGUUGCUUCAUGAAUUAUAUGAGAAUGCAGGAUAUUGAAGACACUAGCUUUGAUGAGGAAGACUAUGGACUUUACUCUAAUGAAAGCUCUGAAGAAUUCACCGAUGACUUUAUCUUAGGCUAUGAACAAACAAAUGAUGAUAGUGUUUCCUCUGACACCCAACAUCCACGGGAUUGUAAGAUCACGCCAGCUGUUUCAGUGUCUUCUAUGAAGCCUGUGUCAAAGCCUACAUACGGUUCAACCAUUGACAAAUCCAGAUCCGCUCAAGACCUCAAACGUGACUAUGUACCUAUAACUGAUGAUGAUGAUGAUAGCUCAGACAAUACUGAGAUGCUUCACAGUUUAAAAAAAACGCGUGCAGAGUCUUCUGACAUUGACAUUGUACCAAACCCCAAAGACACUUUCUCCACCAAAAAGAAUUACUGUUAUGUGUGCAAGAAACCUCAGUCUAAAAUCGCCCGUCACCUUAAAAAGCAUCAAAGCAGCGAGCCAGAAAUUGCUGCCGCAUAUCUGCUCCCUAAACACUCCAAAGACAGAAAGCGUUUACUCGAGAAGCUCAGAAACAAAGGCAACUAUGAACAUAAUCAAGAGGUUAUAGCGAAUAAGAGCGGACCGCUGAAGGUUAGGAGAAGACCAGUAAGAUCAGAGAUCAAGCUGAGUGCCAAGACAUACGUGCACUGUAUAUACUGUAAAGGCCUGUUUGUUCGCAAAGAUCUGUGGCGUCACACGAGAAGAUGCCCUUCAAAAUCCUUCCCCGAGUCGAAAGUGACCGGUAAGGCCAAAGUCUUAGUUUUGGCCGAUAUCACCGAGUCAACUUUCUCUCAAGCAAUUUCUCCUGAGGUGUGGAAGAUCUUGGCCAAAAUGAAGAACGAUGACGUUUCAUCUGUAGCCCGAAAUGAUUUCCUCAUACUGCAAUUGAGUCAGUGUCUUCACAACAAACACGGAAGCGAUCCAGCAAAAUCUGAAUCCAUCGGACAGCAGGCUCGAGAAAUGGGCAGACUUUUGUUAAACAUGAGAAGAAAAUUCUCCAUAUUUAAUUUUGAAGAAGCCGUGAGACCAAGCAAUUUUUUGAAAGUCGUCGAGGCCGUAAAGGAGGUUGCCAGUGGUUACGAUGAAGAGAGCCACUCGGGUAAGACCCCACGUCUCGCACCGAAGCUAGGACAUUUGCUUAUCAAAAUCGCCGACAUCAUUAUAUGCAGGGCCAUCGCGACGGAGGACAACGCUUUGAGAAAAGCGACCGAGCGGUUUAAAAGACUUUGUUCCAAUGAAUGGGCAGAACAGAUCUGCCGUGCUCCUCGUGCUGUUUUGAGCAAGUCAAAGUUUAACAAACCAUCUACAACAUCAUUUACACGUGAUGUACAACUUCUCCACCAGUACCUAGAGAGGAGAUCAGCCGAUGCUUUUGAAAACCUGAAAAACCUCCAGUCCUCGCAGACGUACGCAGACCUCGCCAAAGUGACGCUUGCUCGAGUCGUAAUCUUUAACAGUCAUCGAGCGGGAGACGUCUCCAAAAUGACACUCGAGUGUUUCAAGAAAAGACUUCAUGAGGACAUCGCUGUCUCGGGUCUCUCGAUGUUUGAGCAAAACAUUUCCAAGCGUUUCAGCCGAGUGGAAAUAACGGGCAAGAAAGGAAGAAAAGUUGCCGCUUUUUUAAACCCUGAACUUGUCAAUGCAAUCGAGCUGAUCGUGGAUAAGAGACAUGCAUGUGAAGUGGAUGAGAACAAUCCCUUUGUGUUUGGAAGACCGAUAUCCUCGUCCUUCAGUGUCUUCAGGGGACAGGACUGCCUCGGGAUUUUUGCAAGUCAGUGUGGUGCCCAGAGCCCUAAAUAUCUGGGGUGUCCGCAGCUCCGUAAGCAGGUGGCAACGAUCUCAAUGAUUCUUAAUCUUAGGGAUAAUGAGCUGUAUCAACUUGCCAAUAUUCUGGGCCUUGACAUUCAGGUCCAUAGAGAGUUUUUUUGGUUGCCAGAUGCAACUGUUGAACUUGCAAAACUCUCAAAGCUGCUUCUAGCAAUGAAGGAAGGAACUUUUGCAACUUUUCAAGGGAAAUCUCUUGAGGAAAUUCAAAUCGAAGGUGAAAUUGAUGUGGAAUUAGGUGAGGAAGAGACAAGUGAUGAUAAUGAUGAAGAAGAAGAAGAGUCAGAUCCUGUCAUUGGAUUAAGGGGGAAAAGAAAAAUGCCCCCGGAUGAGGCUGAAAGCUCCACAGAGGCUAAAUCAAGGAGAAUCGUAAAAAGGCCAUGGAGCGCAAAUGAAGUGAAUGCCGUCAUGAAGCAUUUUCAUAGCCAUAUUUCCAAGGGAGCCCUCGCAACAAAGGCCGAGUGCGAACAUUGUAAGCGUGCAGAGGACCCUUUUCUAAGAGAACGAACCGUACAAAACAUAAGAGAUUUUGUACGGAACCGAGGAUUAAUGUUGAAAAGGCAAAGUUCAUGGCAAGAUCAGUGUCUUCUUCCAUUUGAUCUGGGCCAAAUUUAAGUUUUUUUGUUGUUGUUGUUGUUGCCCCUCUGAAUCCGCAAGCUGGUUCAGGAAUGUUUAUGCUGUUACAUAUUGACGCUUUCAAUUACUUUGUUAAAGCAUUGCUUUUAUACCUAUUUACAAAAUAAAUUUGUUUUUGAAGUAGA